CGCGAUUCCGAGCACCACCACCACCAUGACCGUGGCCAUGGCCGACUCGUGAUAUAGUCCUCCGCCCGUCCGCCGGCUUUCUUCCUGCUCCUCUGCUCUGCACGCCCUCUGCACUCUUCCUCCCCGUCUCGCCCGCCGCCCUCCAGCCUUUGCUCGAGUGCCCCGCCAUGGUGAAGCUGACUCCGUGGCGCAAGACGCACGACGCCAGCGCUGCUGCGUCGACGGACAAUUCGACGCAAGAGAAGGAUGCUCCGCGACGCAAGUGGAACCUGGGAAUCCUCAGCGACCCCGAGACGGACGAAGUGCCCGGCUCCGUCAUUCUGCUCUCGCGCGUCCAUAACCGCAACGAACCGCUAGGUCUCCAGCAUGCCCAUGCCCGCACCUCGGCCUCGUCGCUGCCCACCACACAGCGCCCGCAGCCCCAGCGCACCAUCUCGCACGGCUCGCGCCACUCGUCGCGCUCGCGCCAGCCGGAGAAAAAACGCACAAAGGAUGGCCGCUUCAUCCUCGAUCCCCAGCCAGAGGACUCGGCAAACGACCCCCUCAACUGGAACCAGGUUCGCCGCGACCUGGCCCUGCUGUCCCUCGGCUUCUACUGCAUGAUUGGAGGAGGCAUGACGCCCUUGCUGGCUGCCGGUUUUAACGAUGUUGCCAGGACCUACAAUGUGUCGAUACCCCAGGUGGCCCUGACCACGGGCUUGUACAUGCUGGGUCUUGGUCUUGGCAGUGUUGUUGCUUCGCCCACGGCCAUUCUGUACGGAAAGAGGCCCGUCUAUCUGGGCGCCAUUAUUCUCUUUACCCUCUCGUCCAUCUGGUGUGCCCUGUCACCCAAUUAUGCUUCGCUCGUCGUUGCUCGUAUUGUCCAGGGCUUCGCCGUCUCGCCCGUCGAGUGCCUCCCCAGUGCCACUAUUGCCGAGAUCUUUUUCCUCCACGAGCGGGCAUACCGUCUCGGCAUCUACACCUUGCUGCUGCUCGGUGGAAAGAACCUGAUUCCUCUUGUGAGCGCUGCCAUUGUGCAGUCCAUGGGAUGGAGGUGGGUUUUCUGGAUCACCGCUAUGAUUGUCGGCUUCUGCUUCUUCCUCAUCUUCUUCUUUGUCCCCGAGACCUUCUGGGACAGAGCCCCCAGGCCAGCCAGGCGCCGCAAUCGGGCUCGCAGCCAAAGCCCCGGAAAACACCACAGCCACUUUCACCUACCGAACCUGCACCACAAGAAGCCUGCGGGAGACGCCCAAGGACAGCCGGGCGUGUCUGUGCCUGCAACACCACAGGUUAUUUCGCCUGUGGCAUCCCCGCUGGGCCAUCCUGUAGCCUCGCCUUCGGAGAACGCUGCCAAACGCCACAAGAAUGCACACGUUGGAUUCGCUGAGCCGGCCCCUGACGAGAAGACGGCACACGUUGGAUUUGCCGAACCGGACGUCGAUGAGAAGGCGGCAGCGCACCACGUCAACUUUGCUGAAGAGCAUCCACGACACGCCAGUGCUCCUCCAACGCCCCGCUCCCCAAUGAGUAUCCAUUCCACCCCCGGCGAGACACAACGUCAAGACUAUUUUGGCCAAAUUACACCAUCCACCAACACCGAUCCAGAGAAACAGGACGCUCGUCCAGGGACUGGCCACACAGGUUCAGACGGAGCUGAUGCUGUCUCGGAACAAUUUUCCAUUCACUACACCGACUACUAUCGUGAUGCCCCGCCAAAGUCGUAUCGCGAGUCACUCAAGCCAUGGAACGGCCGCCUUGCCAAGGACAAAUGGUUGCGUGUGGCCAUUCGACCGUUUAUUCUCUUUGCCUACCCCGCUGUUCUGUGGUCAUCGCUUGUAUACGCGCUGGCUGUCGGUUGGCUAAUUGUACUGUCUGAGUCCGUUGCGCACAUUUACCACGAUACUUCAUACCACUUUACACCCCUGCAAGUCGGUCUCGUCUACAUUUCGCCUUUUGUAGGCGGUGUCCUUGGAACGGCAGUAGCAGGUCGAGUUUCGGAUCUUGUUGUGCGCUUCAUGGCGCGCAAAAACGACGGCGUGUACGAGCCUGAAUUCCGUCUUAUCAUGGCAAUUCCCAUUGCUAUUAGUACGGUCAUCGGGCUCAUGGGCUUUGGCUGGAGUGCCGAGGAAAGGGAUGCAUGGAUUGUGCCGACUGUCUUUUUCGGUGUCAUCAGCUUUGGCUGUUCGUUGGCUAGUACCACUGCUAUUACCUUUGUUGUGGACAGCUACCGCAUGUAUGCUGGCGAGGCGCUUGUCACGCUCAACUUUUCGAAGAACGUUCUCCACGGCUUCAUCUUCUCCCUCUUCUUCCCGCACUGGCUUGAAUCCAGUGGCAGCAAGAAGACCUUUUUGGCCAUUGGAGGCAUCCAAUUGGGCUGUUUGUUAUUUUCCAUUCCAAUGUAUAUAUACGGCAAGAGAGCCCGCAUGUGGACUGUCCGCAAGAAUUUGAUGGAGAAAUUUUGAGGGC